AUGGGUCGUCGGAUCCGUGUCCAGCGCAAAGGAGCUGGAGGUAUCUUCAAGUCGCACAACAAGCACCGUAAAGGAGCCGCACAGUUGAGGCCACUCGACUAUGCCGAACGUCACGGCUACAUCCGCGGUAUCGUGAAGGACAUCAUCCACGAUCCAGGACGUGGUGCACCUCUGGCCAUUAUCGCUUUCCGUGACCCGUACAAGUACAAAACCGUCAAGAGCACCGUUGUCGCUGCUGAAGGAAUGUAUACUGGACAAUUCGUGUACUGUGGUUCCAGGGCUAGCGUUCAAGUCGGAAAUAUAGUCCCCGUUGGAACACUUCCUGAAGGAACCACAAUUUGCAACGUUGAGGGAAAGUGUGGUGACCGAGGAAAGCUCGCUAAGUGCUCGGGCAACUACGCAACUGUGAUUGCUCACAAUCCCGAAACCAGAAAGACCAGAAUUCGCCUCCCAUCCGGAGCAAAGAAGGUUAUCCAGUCUGCUAACCGCGCUAUGAUUGGGUUGGUCGCUGGAGGAGGACGUACUGACAAGCCUAUGCUGAAGGCCGGACGUGCUUACCACAAGUACAAGGCAAAGAGAAACAGCUGGCCGAGAGUCAGAGGUGUUGCAAUGAAUCCCGUUGAACAUCCCCACGGAGGAGGUAACCAUCAACACAUCGGUCAUCCCUCAACAGUCAGAAGAGAUGCUAGCGCUGGUAAGAAGGUUGGUCUCAUCGCUGCCCGUCGUACUGGAAGAAUUCGUGGAGGAAAACCAGUCAAGGUUACCAAGGAAGAAGCCGUUUAA